AUGCGUGCUGAACCAGCAAAGGGAAAGAAUGAAAACAUACACAAAUGGUACUGUUCAUUAUGCCAAGUAUCGGCUGCAUCAGAGAAAAACUUGAAUGAUCAUCUUCAAGGAAAAAAACACAAGGCUAAGGCAGGGUUGGCUCAUCAAGAGGAUGGUAAUGGGGAUUCUGAUUCAGUUGUCAGAGAAAAGAGCUUGGAGAGCGAGGAGGGCCUCAAUAAUGAACAAGAAAUAACUAAUGCAAGUACGAAGCCAGGCAAAAGCCAAGCAAGUGAGCAAGAAAAAGUCAACACACUGAACACUGUGAAGAUUGGAUUAGAUAGGGAUGAAGCAGAGACAGAAGAAUUGAAAAAAAGUGGUCAUAGUCAGGAGAUGAAUGGGAAACCUGUGAAGUUAUGGCACUGCAAGAUGUGCAAUGAAGGAACUUACGAUGAAGCAACAAUGGCUAAUCACAGAAAGAGUAGUAAACACAUGAAAUUACUACGAGAGAUUGGCGGUGGUCUCAUAGUUGUGUCAAAUGUGCCGAAAGAAGCAUCAGAAGGUGGGCAAGGUUCCCAAGAUGCAGCAGUAGAAUGUUGA